AUGUAUCAACCAACCUACCCCGAUUCCUUCGACGAUACCACCAUCAAACAGUGGAUCCAGGACUACUACACCGCCGUCGACGUCGACGGGGCUGUCGAGACCAUCGCCGACUUUUUCACCCCGGAUGCGGUGGUGCAGAUGGGGGAGCAUGGUGUAUCGGACCGACCAGGCUUGAUUCAACUGUUUGCAUCUACCUGGGAUUACGUUGCGAGUCGCAGCCACCACGUCGUCUCGAUCGAUCCGCUGGGCAACGACACCUUUCUGGCGCGAGGCGCUGUCACUUACAAUCUCAAGGACGGGCGCAGUGUGACGCCGGAGUGGUGCGGGAUCAUGAAGCUGGUCCAACAGGAGGGAGAGUGGAAGAUGUCGUAUUACAAGGUGUAUUUCGCGGCGUUUCCGGCCUUCUAA